UUCAGAACAUGUGCUGUAGUCGAAAAUACUUAAUAGAAAAGAUCAGACUUAUAACGUAACCUGCAUUGUUAGAUUUAUCUCGUAGCGUAGAAUGUGACUGUUUACUGUAAACAAAAUAACCCCUGAGUGUUUUAUAAUUAGAGCUAUAAGAAAAAUCAGGCAUAUAUACUGAAAUGACAUGCAGAUAGUAUUUUGUUUCGGUCAGUAGUUGUAUCAGAGAUUAGUUGAAAGCUACUUGUAGGUACUAAGUAGCGUCCCUGUUUUGCGUAACCUGUAGCAACUUAAUGUACAUUGCUGCUGUAGAGUGAACGAUAGUCAGUGCGGCAAAAGAAGAGCACUUACAGUUAAGAUUAAUGGGGCACAGCAGAUCACCUUCUCCUUCGCGACGACGCCGUAGCAAGUCGAGGGAAAGGGAGAGGGACCGUGGUGACAGAGAUCGUGACAGGAGGCGGCGUCGCUCAAGAGAGAGGGAAAGGAGGCGUCGGUCAGGAGACCGUGAUCAUCGACAUCGUCGUUCGAUGUCACGAUCUCGAUCAAGAUCUCGUUCCAGAGAUAGGACGCCAAGGAACAAGCCACAGUUGGCCGAAAGGCCCCCUAUUACAGAGGCUGACUUGGAGGGAAAGACUCCAGAUGAACAAGAAAUGAUGAAGAUAAUGGGUUUCUGUGCAUUCGACACUACAAAAGGCAAAAAGAAUUAUGAAGAUUCUGAAGACGACUAUGAUGAUGAUGAUGAUGACGAUGACGAAGAUGAUGAACAAACCCAGCGCCAGUACAAUAGGCCUUACAGGCAACAAUCGUAUGGCCAAAGGCCGUAUGGACAAAAGCAAUAUGGUCAAAGGCCAUAUGGGCAAAAGCAGUUUGGGCAAAGGCCAUAUGGCCAGAAGCCAUAUGGCCAACAGUCAUAUGGACAACAAAAGUCAUAUGGGUCACAACAGCAGUAUGGACAGCAACAAUCAUAUGGCCAACAACAGCCAUAUGGCCAACAACAAUCAUAUGGCCAACAGUCAUAUGGCCAACAACAAACGUACAAUCGGCAGCAGCCUUACGGACAACAGGCUUAUGAACAGCAGACUUAUGGAGAAAAACAGACAUAUGAGCAGCAGCCAACACACACAUAUGGGCAAGAGCAGCAGCAGCAGCAGCAGCAGCAGCAGACACAGUCAUUUGGGCAGGAGCAGCAACAGACGAGAGCAGCAUAUGGGCAGCAACAGACGACAGCGACAUAUGGGCAGCAACAGCCAACAGCGGCAUAUGGACAGCAACAGACGACUGCAGCAUAUGGGCAGCAACAGCCUACAGCAACGUAUGGGCAGCAACAGACGCAGGUGUACAGCCAGUCAUACACUCAGCAGGGCAAUGACCAAUGGUAUUGAGUUCCCUGGUGUAUGAAGACGUUUUUGCGUCAGCACAGUAAUUGAGUCAGUGUAUAGAAGACAGUUCUUUGUCAAUUUUGUAUAAGGACAUUAGGACAAUUAUUUUGUUUUUUCCUUGUUGCAUUUACUUGAUGUGAUAUACUGUGCUUGAUGUGAUAUACUACAGUGCAAUGAACAAAGUGAUUUCUAUUUGGUGAACCACUGCAGUAUCAUCACCAUUUGAGGAAGAAACCCACUGAUCAAAGUUAAAGGCACAGUAUUCUUUGAGCAGUACUGCUCCAUUCUGACUUGACACUGAUACUAUGUGUGUGUUAAUGGAAAUCCAGUGUAAGUGUGAAAAUUCUUUUACUGUAAGCAGAGACCCACAUUUUUGUGUAGCCAAAGACAUCGUAUAUCCAAUACAUAAAUGAAAUUACAUGGAGAGACUGAAGCAGAAAAUUGUACUGGGUGUAAAAAUCUCCACUUCCAUGUAGUAGAAAUGGCCAAACAUAAUUUUUUAUAAUUUGUUAAAAAACCUUGUAGAAUACCUGUCAUCACAAACCUUUUUCUCUGUAAAACUCUUGAUUGAAAAGUCAAUAAACAGAUAUAAACCUU